AAAUAAUUCUAGAAGUCAUGUAGAAACGUCAAGACGUUUUUGUUCUCUUGCAACGCAGUGACGCAUUAAUGUCCGCGAUUAACGGUCGUGUGGGUUUUUAGUUCUUUAAUGACGUUAGCAUAGCGUUACAUUACUUUAUUCGGUUGGUUAGGGUGACUCCAGCUAACGUUAGCUACGAUGCUCCAGAAGCGGUCGCGUGUAGUUAAGCCAUUUUUAUUUUAUUCUCUCGGCCUUUGAGCUGUGUGUCAGUUUUUAAGGUCGCAAACUCUUAUCUGCAUUUCACAAAGUGUGACUGAGUGUUGACUUUUCUCAGAAAGCGUAACGUUUAGUCUUUCUCUGAAAUGUGGUAGAAGUUGGGCAGGUUUGUAGGCGAUAACGUGGUGUUCCUGAAUUUAUGUCCACGUGGCUGAAGGAUGGCGAAGUGCUGGUGGGCGAAGGCAGCGGCGAGGCAGUACCCAUCAGCCCCAGACUGCGAGGCCUAUCAGUGGGGAGCCCCAGACCCAGCCAGGGUGUUUGCAGUCCACUGGCUUCACCCAGAGACGCCGUGCCAGGAAGCCCGCUGGUAGAGACCAUGGGCAAGGCCAAGGAGCUGUUUGUGCUGUGUGACAAAGAAGGAAAAGGCUUCAUCACAAAGCGCGAUAUGCAGAGGCUGCAGGUGGAGUUGCCGCUGUCCCCUGAACAGCUGGAGACGGUGUUUGAGAGUCUUGAUCGAGACAGCAAUGGAUUCCUCACUCCUGUUGAGUUCAACAAAGGACUUGGCGAGCUAGUGGGGCUGGAGGACUCACCGGAGCCAAGUCUAAACGAAUCAGAAGAUCUAGGCCACACGGACUGCUCCCAGGACAGUCCUGCAGUUCGAUUUGUAAACAUACUGAUGGAACUGGGAGCUGACAAACUCUUUAAAGAUCGGCAGGAGCUCUCUUCUCUCUGGUGUGAACUCCAGCGGGACAGACCGGAGAUGCUGAGCGUCCUGGACGGCGUGCUGAUCCACGCGGUGUCGCAUUUACAGGACUCCAUCCGAGAGAGAGACAGCCUGGAACAAGCUCUGCACAGGCGGGAGAGUGAACACGACGAGGUUGUUCGCUCCAUAUAUGAAGAAAUGGAAAACCAAAUGAGAGAGGAGAGGGAGAAGCGCCUGUGUCUGUCUCAGGACCGUAUUGGACAGAAGCAAAAAGGGCGACAACUGGAGGAGGAGGUAAAGCUGCGCGAGCAAGAGCUGGAGAAUACGCUCGCUAAACAAAGAGAGCUGGAAAACCGAAUUGGGCAGAUGAGCUCUGAACGGGCGAACAUCAAGGAGCAGAACCAGCUGCUGCGGAGCCUCAACGUCCAGCUGCAGGAGCAGGUGGAGCGCAGCAGGGAGCAGCUGCAGGCCGCUCUGGGUCAGCUCAGCCUGCUGCAGGUCAGCGCUGCCCGGGAGCAAGAGGCCAGACAGAGAAACGUGAUGAAGGUGUCACGGAACAUGCAGAAAGAGAAGGAAAGUCUCCUGAGACAACUGGAGCUCUUGAGGGAUAUGAACAAAAGGCUGCGCGAUGAGAAGGAUGCCCAACAGUCCCAGAAGAGGAAUCCAAAUGUCACAAAGCCUUUGCAGAAGAAAGGGUCAAUUAUAGGUAACUACUUACUGCAAGAAAAGCUACUGAAAAGACAGCUGGGCUCAUCGGAUGAGUUGGAGCAGGACAAAGACACAGAGGUCACAAACUCAUCCAAGAGACACCAACCGUCACGUAGAGUCAGAGAAAACGUUGAACAGGUGCAAACUCAGAGAACAAUUGUCAGUCCUCAGCGGGUGUUCAAGGUGGUAUUCCUGGGCACCUCGGGGGUCGGUAAGAGCUCCUUCAUCCAGCAGUACUGCACAGGACGCUUCAGCAGUAAAAUGAGCGCUACUGUCGGUAUUGAUUUCCAGAUGAGGACUUUAACUCUGGGCUCCACCAUCAUCACCCUGCAGCUGUGGGAUACUGCAGGGCAAGAGAGGUUUCGCAGCAUAACUGAGCAGUACUACCGCAAAGCCGACGCUAUCCUUGCCAUGUAUGACGUAGCCCAAACCUCGUCCUUCACAGCUGUGAGAGCAUGGAUGGACUCUGUGAAGGAGAAGAUGUGUGACGGUGCCGUCCUGAUGCUGCUGGCGAACAAGCUGGACCUGGCAGAAGGUCACAGCAGAGAAGUGAAAACAGCGGAAGGCCAGAGACUCGCAGAUAAGCACCAGGCUCUGUUUUACGAGUGCAGUGCAAAGACCGGAUGUAACGUGGAGGAGCUGAUGGCUUAUCUGGCCGGGAUGUUAGUCUCCCAGCAUGAUCGGCAAUGUGAAGAUGCUCUUUUACUGACUGAGCUUAUGGAAAAAAGAGGCUGCUGCACAUAAACCAAGAAAAAAAAGGCAUUUGAAAGACUUCACAUAAGCUCCCAGCCCAAAGGUCACUUAAAAUAUUUGAUGACACCGACAUCAGAAUCUUUCUGUGAACAAAUUCACUGAACAGUAUCAGUAAUGUUUUCUUAUGUUAUGUUUCUGUACAAUCUAUCAAAUAAAUAUAUUUUUUAUCAUGGC